AUGACGACAGAUAUCUCUGUGGUCCGGUGGGAUCCGGCCAUACAGCAAGACGGAACCGGUAUUGUUGAAGAUUAUGAAUAUGACGGUGGAAACUCUUCUUCCAGACUAUUUGAAAGAUCCAGAAUUAAAGCUUUGGCCGACGAAAGAGAAAGUGUCCAAAAAAAGACUUUUCAAAAAUGGGUAAAUUCGCACUUGGUUCGGGUGCAUUCCCGAAUCGGAGAUUUAUACAUAGACCUCAGAGAUGGCAAAAUGCUUAUAAAACUAUUGGAAGUUCUUUCUGGAGAACGAUUGCCAAAACCUACCAAGGGAAAAAUGAGAAUACAUUGUUUAGAAAAUGUAGACAAAGCUUUGCAAUUUCUAAAAGAUCAGAGAGUACAUUUAGAAAACAUGGGAUCCCAUGACAUUGUCGAUGGAAACCCAAGGCUUUCGUUGGGUCUUAUAUGGACAAUUAUUCUUAGAUUCCAAAUUCAAGACAUUACCAUUGAAGAAACCGACAAUAAAGAGACAAAAUCUGCGAAGGAUGCUCUACUUUUGUGGUGCCAAAUGAAAACUGCUGGCUAUCACAAUGUCAAUGUUCGCAACUUCACCACUUCCUGGCGAGAUGGUCUUGCAUUUAAUGCAAUCAUUCACAAACAUCGCCCUGACCUUGUACAAUUCGAAAAACUUAGCAAAACUAAUGCCAUGUACAACUUGAAUAAUGCAUUCAACACUGCCGAAGAUAAAUUAGGAAUCGUAAAAUUAUUGGAUGCUGAAGAUGUAUUUGUUGAACAACCAGAUGAAAAAUCAAUUAUUACAUAUGUUGUUACAUACUAUCAUUACUUCAGUAAAAUGAAACAAGAAACGGUUCAAGGAAAGAGAAUUGGGCGGGUUGUUGGAAUAGCCAUGGAAAAUGAACGUACAGCCCAAGAAUAUGAACGUUUAACUAGUGACUUAUUGCAAUGGAUCAAGCAGACUAAAGAGUCAUUAGCAGAGAGGAAAUUCUUAAAUUCUUUGAAUGGUGUUCAACAGCAAUUACAACAGUUUAACAACUAUAGGACUGUUGAGAAACCCCCAAAAUUUGUUGAAAAAGGAAAUUUGGAAGUUUUGCUUUUCACAUUGCAGUCUAAGAUGAGAGCUAAUAAUCAAAAACCAUACACUCCCAAAGAAGGAAAAAUGAUUUCAGAUAUCAAUAAGGCUUGGGAACAAUUAGAAAAAGCAGAACAUGAAAGGGAGUUGGCAUUAAGAGAAGAAAUCAUAAGACAAGAAAAACUUGAACAGCUAGCUCAACGAUUCAAUAGAAAAGCAAGCAUGCGAGAGACAUGGUUGAGUGAAAAUCAACGACUAGUUUCUCAGGAUAAUUUUGGUUUGGAUUUGGCAGCUGUAGAAGCAGCAGCAAAAAAGCACGAAGCUAUCGAAACAGAUAUAUUUGCUUAUGAAGAACGAGUAGAAGCAGUUGUGACAGUUGCACAAGAAUUAGAAACAGAGGACUAUCAUGAUAUUGUCCGUAUAAAUGCAAGAAAAGACAAUGUUCUUCGUUUAUGGAACUAUCUUCUUGAACUAUUGAAAGCUCGUCGUCACCGUCUGGAGUUGUCAUUACAAUUACAGCAAAACUUCCAAGAAAUGCUAUACAUAUUGGAUUCUAUGGAAGAAUUGAAAAUGAGACUAUUGUCUGAUGAUUAUGGCAAACACUUGAUGGGAGUUGAAGAUCUUCUUCAAAAGCACAGCCUCGUGGAAGCUGACAUUAAUGUUUUAGGAGAAAGAGUGAAAAGUGUUGUACAACACUCGCAACGUUUCUUGGAUGAAGAAAAUACAGAAGGUUAUAGACCCUGUGAUCCAGCUGUUAUUAUUGAAAGAGUUCAGGAACUUGAGGACGCGUAUAGUGAAUUGGUCAAAUUGGCUGUUGAAAGACGUGCUCGUCUUGAAGAAAGCAGAAAAUUAUGGCAAUUUUAUUGGGAUAUGGCUGAUGAAGAAAAUUGGAUUAAGGAAAAAGAACAAAUUGUUUCUGCUGGAGAUAUUGGUCAUGACUUGACCACUAUUAAUCUGUUGCUUUCAAAACAUAAAGCACUUGAAAAUGAAAUACAGAGUCAUGAAAGUCAAUUGCUUGAAGUAGUAAAGGUUGGAGAAGAUUUAAUCAACAGCAACCAUUUUGGUGCCGAUCGCAUACAAGAACGAGUGUCCAGUACACAUUCCAUGUGGGAACAUUUAAUCAGUUUGACCAAACAAAGACGCAAGCGUUUGGAAGAUGCAGUCGAUUAUCACCAAUGGUUUGCUGAUGCUGAUGAUGUUGACAUUUGGAUGUUAGAUACUUUGAGACUAGUAUCUUCUGAAGAUGUUGGCCGGGAUGAAGCUAAUGUCCAAUCAUUGUUAAAGAAACACAAAGAAGUUAGUGAAGAACUAAAAUCCUACUCACAAACUGUUGAAGCAUUACGUUCUCAAGCCAAUCAAUUAAGUGCUGAACCAGGUGCACCAACAAGUGGACCAGAAGUAAAUGAGCGUAUGUCAUCAAUUGAUAAACGCUAUAAGGAAUUGGUUGAAUUAGCUAAACUGCGACACCAGAGACUUUUGGAUGCUCUUUCUUUGUACAAGCUUUUCAGUGAAGCUGAUGCUGUACAACAAUGGAUUGGAGAAAAGAACCGUAUGUUGGAAACCAUGAGCCCCGGAAAGGACAUAGAAGACGUUGAAAUAAUGAAACAUCGUUAUGAUGGAUUUGAUAAAGAAAUGAAUUCAAAUGCAUCACGAGUUGCUGUUGUAAAUCAAUUAGCACGACAAUUACUUCAUGUUGAACAUCCUAACUCAGAUGAAAUUGUUAACAGACAAAACAAUUUGAAUCAUGAAUGGGCUGAUUUACGAGAUAAAGCUGAAGCCAAACGUGAACAACUUAAUGCUGCUCAUGGUGUACAAACUUUCCAUAUUGAAUGUAGAGAAACUAUUUCGUGGAUUGAAGACAAAAAGAGAAUUUUACAAUCAACAGACAGUCUAGAAAUGGACCUUACUGGUAUAAUGACAUUGCAGCGUCGUUUAUCUGGUAUGGAAAGAGAUUUAGCUGCCAUUCAAGCCAAAUUAGACUCAUUAGAAUCUGAAGCACAAAUUAAUGAAAAAGAACAUCCAGAAGAAGCAGCUGUAAUCCGAGAAAGAAUAGAAACAAUCCAAAAAGAUUGGGAAGAAUUAACACAAAUGUUGAAAGAACGAGAUUCUAAACUAGAAGAAGCUGGUGACCUUCAUCGUUUCCUACGUGACUUAGACCACUUCCAAGCUUGGUUGACUAAAACUCAAACUGAUGUUGCUUCAGAAGAUAUUCCUUCUUCAUUAUCAGAUGCUGAGAAACUUCUCUCCCAACAUCAAGCAAUACGUGAAGAAAUUGAUAACUACACUGCUGACUAUACUCAAAUGAUGGAAUAUGGAGAAAAAGUUACAGCUGAACCUGGAACACAAGACGAUCCUCAAUAUAUGUUCUUGCGAGAGAGGCUCAAGGCUUUGCGUGAUGGAUGGCAAGAAUUGCACAAGAUGUGGGAGAAUAGACAACAACUUCUUUCCAAGUCACUCAAUCUGCAAAUGUUUAACCGUGACGCUCGUCAAGCUGAAGUAUUACUUUCUCAACAAGAACAUGCUCUAUCUAAAGAUGAAGUCCCAUCCAAUCUUGAACAUGCUGAAAACUUGAUUAAACGUAAUGAAGCAUUCAUGACCACAAUGGAAGCUAAUGAAGACAAAAUUAAUGCUGUCACUCAAUUUGCUAAUAAACUUGUUGAUGAAGACCAUUUCGAAGCUGAUAAAAUUAAAAAGAAAGCAGCUUCCAUACAUGAGCGACGGGAUGCAAACCGUGAUAAAGCCCAACAACUUAUGGAUCAACUUAAAGACCAAUUACAACUUCACCAAUUUCUCCAAGAUUCUGAUGAACUACAACAAUGGAUUCAAGAAAAGAAGUUUACAGCUCAGGAUGAAACAUACAGAAGUGCUAAAACAGUACACAGCAAAUGGACUCGUCAUCAAGCAUUUGAAGCAGAAAUUGCAUCCAAUAAAGAUAGAUUAGAUAGAGUACAGCAAUCAGGAGAGGAAUUAAUGAAAGAGAAACCUGAAUUGGCCCAAAUAAUUCAACCAAAGAUAUCUGAAAUGUUAGGUCAAUUUGAUGAUCUCGAAAAGACCACUAAAGAAAAAGGUGAACGUUUGUUUGACACUAAUAGAGAAGUUCUCAUACACCAGACUUGUGAAGAUAUUGAUUCAUGGAUGGAUGACCUAGAAAAACAGAUUGAAGCUGCUGAUACCGGAACUGAUUUGGCUUCUGUCAAUAUACUUAUGCAGAAACAACAGAUGAUUGAAACCCAAAUGGCUGUAAAAGCUAAACAAGUUGUUGAAUUAGAAACACAAGCCGAAUACUUAAAAAAGACCGUCCCUGAGAAAGUUGAAACAAUUAUUCCAAAGAAGACCAAAGUGGAAGAAAGAUUCGAACAACUUAAGGAACCAUUGAAAGUAAGGCAAAGACAGCUGGAGAAAAAGAAAGAAGCAUUCCAAUUUAGACGAGACGUUGAAGAUGAAAAAUUGUGGAUUGCUGAAAAGACUCCAAUGGCUACAUCAACUGAAUAUGGAAAUAGUUUGUUCAAUGUCAACAUGUUACAAAAGAAAAAUCAAUCUUUAGGUAAUGAAAUUGAUAAUCACGAGCACCGAAUUAAUCUUGUCUGUAGCAAUGGCCAAAAGUUAAUUGAUGAAGGACAUGAAGAUGCUUCACAAUUCACAGACCUCAUACACGAUUUAACUCAACGCUGGCAACAACUUCAACAAGCUGUUGAACAUCGUAGAAAAAUGUUACUUCAAUCUGAAAAGGCCCAACAAUACUUCUUCGACGCCAGCGAAGCAGAAAGUUGGAUGGGUGAACAAGAAUUAUAUAUGAUGGUUGAAGAUCGUGGAAAAGAUCAGAUUUCAGCGCAAAACUUAAAAAAGAAACACGAAUCCUUAGAAUUAGCUGUUGAUAAUUAUGCCGAUACAAUUAGACAAUUAGGUGAAACUGCUCGUCAACUCACUAGUGAAAUGCAUCCUGAAAGUGACCAAAUUGCCGUAAAACAAUCUCAAGUAGAUAAAUUGUAUGCUGGACUAAAGGAUUUGGCUGGAGAACGUAGAGCUAAAUUAGAUGAAGCUUUGAAAUUAUUCAUGUUGCAUCGUGAAGUUGAUGAUUUAGAACAAUGGAUUGCUGAACGUGAGAUUGUUGCUGGUUCGCACGAACUUGGUCAAGAUUAUGACCAUGUCACUUUGUUGUGGGAAAGAUUUAAAGAAUUUGCUCAUGAUACUGAGGCAACAGGUAGUGAACGUGUGGCAACAGUUAAUGGUAUUGCUGAUCAGCUUAUCAACAUUGGGCACAGUGACUCGGCCACUAUUGCUGAAUGGAAAGACAAUCUAAAUGAACAAUGGCAAGAUUUACUAGAACUUAUUGAAACUAGAACACAAAUGUUGGUUGCUUCACGAGAACUACACAAAUUCUUCCACGAUUGCAAGGAUAUGGUUAGUCGUAUUGCAGAGAAAAGUCAUGAAAUGUCUGAAGAUCUUGGUCGUGAUGCUGGUUCUGUCCAUACAUUACAACGUAAACAUCAGAGUUUCUUACAAGAUUUACACACACUUAGCACUCAGGUUCAAACUAUCAGUGAGGAUUCAGCUCGGUUACAAACAUCAUAUGCUGGAGACAAAGCCAAAGAAAUUACUGGACGAGAAGCAGAAGUUGUGAAUGCUUGGGCUGCUUUACAAUCAGAAUGUGAACUGCGCAAACAAAAAUUAGCAGACACUGGUGAUUUACACAAGUUUUUCAAUAUGGUCAGAACAUUAACCGUAUGGAUGGAUGAUGUUGUUAGACAAAUGAACACAUCAGAAAAACCAAGGGAUGUUAGUGGAGUAGAACUAUUGAUGAACAAUCACCAAAGUUUAAAAGCAGAAAUUGACACCAGAGAAGAUAAUUUCACAGCUUGCAUUUCUUUAGGGAAAGAACUACUUUCAAGAAACCAUUAUGCUUCUAAUGAAAUAAAAGAUAAAUUAAUGUUAUUGAAUACCCAGAGAAAUUCAUUAUUGAAUAGGUGGGAAGAACGAUGGGAAAAUCUUCAACUAAUUUUGGAAGUUUAUCAAUUUGCCAGAGAUGCUGCAGUUGCCGAAGCAUGGUUAUUGGCCCAAGAACCAUACAUCAUGAGUCUGGAAUUAGGAAUGACUAUUGAUCAAGUGGAAAAUUUGAUAAAAAAACAUGAAGCAUUUGAAAAGUCAGCCAUAGCACAAGAAGAAAGAUUCUGUGCUCUAGAACGUUUGACAACCUUUGAAUUGAAAGAAAUUCAACGUAGAAAAGAAGAAGAAGAACGAAAACGCCAGGAAGAGUUAGCUAAACAAGCAGCUCAAGCAGAAGCUGAAGCAGCAGAAAAAGCUGCAGCGGAAGAAGCAUCUGAAGCCGAUGGAAAACAAGCUAAAGAUGGAGAAGGUCGUCCUGUGCAUGACAGCUCUGCAUCGAGUAGGAAGAGCAUUGCCAGUCCCGCCGCGCCUGCAGGGGUCGCUAGAUCCGCAUCUACGUUGCCCUCAACUUCUCGAAGUCAAUUAGUCAAAGACCGCAACAAGGACAGGUCGCGCUCAAAGUCACCAUUCCGCAGUUUCCGGUGGAAAAAAUCACCGCAAAAGAGCCCGUUGUCCGCUGUGUCAGCUAGUGACGACGAGGCCACCGUUGAACCAACUUCAGAUCAAUCAGCCACCGAAGCUGAUGGUGAAAUACUUGAAGGAAUACUCAACAGGAAACAUGAAUGGGAAUCUACCACGAAAAAAGCAUCCAACAGGUCUUGGGACAAGGUGUUCGUGUGCGUUCAGGGCACCAGCUUGGCGUUCUACAAGGACGCCAAGGCAGCCAAGACGUCGCCGGAGACGUACUUCAAGGGCGAGGCGCCCAUCGACCUGCACGGCGGCACUGCCGACGUGGCCACCGACUACACCAAGAAGAAGUUCGUGUUGCGCGCCAAGCUGGCCAGCGGCGCCGAGUUCCUGUUCCAGGCGCGCAACGACGCCGAAAUGCGCCAGUGGGUGAGCACGCUGAAGAACGUGUGCGAGCAGGACGCGGCCGGCACGCAGUCCCGGUCCCAGACACUGCCCGCGGUCGGUGACAAACGCGACGAACCCAAGCGCCGCAGCUUCUUCACGCUGAAGAAAGUGUGA